AUGCCCCACCUGUACGCGGCCGCCUGCCUGUCUCCCCCCCUGUCGCAACUGUUCGCGUGUGCAGCGGCGGUCGCUGUGGGUGGGAGAGGGAGGACGGAAAGGGAUUGGCGGCCCAACCGACGCGCCAGCCAGCUCGCACCCCGCCCAUCUCCCGUACGCCACCCGCAUCUGCACGACCCGUCCCUGCCCCGCGUGCAUCUGCCGUGUCAGCAACUGCCGUUUCGUCCCGUACCCGCACUGUCCCUGCCCCUCCCCGUCCCUCCCUCGUCGUGCCUUCCCCCUCUACCGCGCCUGCCUAUGCCGUGUUGGGCGGUGGUGGGUGUGGAGGAUAGUGGGGGCGGCGGCGGCGGGAAUGGCGGGAGUUGCGGGACCCGUGCUGCCUGUUCUGCCCGUGCUGCCUGUUCUGCCCGUGCUGCCCCGUUGUGCCCGUGUUGCCCCGUUCUGCCCGUGUCCUGCCCGUGUUCUGCCCGUGAUCCUGCCCGUGAUUCUGCUCGUGAUUCUGCCCGUACUGCUGCCCGUGAUUGUGCCCGUGAUUAUACCCGUGUGUUGCCCGUAUUUUGCCCGUGUUCUGCCCGUGAUCCUGACCGUGAUUCUGCCCGUGAUUCUGCCUGUGAUCCUGCCCGUGUUGCUGCCCGUUCCCGUGCCAUACUGACCGUGCACCUCCCGUGCUCCCGUGAUCCUGUGCUACUCAUGCUUCUUGUGCUUCUCGUGCUGCCCCGUGGUCCUGUGCCGUCCCGUAUUGCCCCUAUUUUUCCCUUGCUUGCCCCGUGCCCGUGUCCGUGCUGUCUGCCCGUGUUCCCUGUGCUUCUGCUUGUGCUCUACCCGUGCUGUUUGUUCCCGUGCGUGCCCCACUUGUACCACCCAUGCUGUCAGUGCCCGUGCUGCCCCGUUCUGCCCGUGCUACCUCGUGCUCCUGUGCUGCCCCCGUGUUCCCGUGCUGCCCCCGUGUUCCCAUGCUGCCCCCGUGCUGCCCCCGUGCUCCCGUGCUGCCCCCGUGCUCCCGUGCUGCCCCCGUGCUGCCCCCGUGCUGCCCCCGUGCCCCCGUGCUGCCCCCGUGCUGCCCCCGUGCUCCCGUGCUGCCCCCGUGCUCCCGUGCUGCCCCGCUCUCCCCGUGCUGCCCCGUUCAGCCCUUGUGCUGCCCCGUUCUGCCUGUGCUGCCCCGUUGUCCCCGUGUUGCCCCGUUCUGCCCGUGUUGCCCCGUUCAGCCCAUGUCCUGCCCCGUUCUGGCCGUGUCCUGCCCCGUUCUGCCCGUGUUGCCUCGUUCAGCCCGUGUCCUACCCCGUUCUGCCCGUGUUGGCCUGUUCUGCCCGUGCUGCCCCGUUCUGCCCGUUUGUGUCCUACACGUGCUGUCCGUACCCGUUGGUGCCCCACCCGUGCUGUCAGUUCUCGCUCGUGCCCCACCCGGUCUGUGCUGCCCGGUCUCGUGCUGCCCGUCACCCCCCUGCGGGGCGUUCAACCGCAGCCGGGUACCUGUUCCACCGUGGUGGUUCAGAUGCUGCUUGGUGGUUGCUGUUUGUCAGCUUCAGAGGGGGCCCCUUGCUGGUGUCCCGUGCCCUGUAA